AACAAAGGGUGAUGGAGCACGUCAGUAUGGUACAGAUAUGAGGGCAAACGAUCAUCUCUCCUCCUUUCAGGUUUGAUUAGACCAUGGAGAACAGCAGUUUGGCAUGGCCCGGAAAUGAUAGUACAUCCCUUCAGAUUGAACUACCGUCAUGUGCCACAUUGAGGAGCCAGAUCUCACGGAUUCUCCUGUAUGCCUUCCUCUCUGCAGGCGUAGUCUGCACUGUUGUGGGCAAUUUCUUGGUUGUUUUGUCUAUCUCCUACUUCAAGCAGCUUCAGUCUCCAACAAACUCUUUUGUUUUGUCCCUUGCGGUAGCUGACUGCCUUGUUGGCCUGCUGGUGAUGCCUUUUAGUAUGAUACGGACUGUGGAGGGGUGUUGGUACUUUGGCCCCCUCUUUUGUAAGUUUCACUCUAGCCUAGAUGUCAUGCUGUGCACUGCCUCUAUAUUCCAUCUCAGUUGUAUUGCCUUUGACAGGUAUUAUGCUGUCUGCAACCCCCUGGUCUACUCUCUAAAGAUGUCUAACAGUCACGUAGCUCAGCUCAUUGCCAUUUGUUGGACUGUUCCUAUGCUAAUUUCUUUUGGCCCCAUAAUGCUAGAUCUACACAUUGCGUAUGUUGACAUUUUUAUUCCCUCAGAUGUGUGUGUGUUCUUGGUCAACCGUAUUUAUGCUGUCAUGGCCUCUUUGGUAGCCUUUUACUUGCCUAUGGCCAUUAUGCUUGUGGCAUACUGGAAGAUCUUCAAAGCUGCAAAGCGACAGGCAAAGCAGAUCAGUGCAAUGGAAAGCCAAAUGGCUUCUGGAGUGGGCAAAGACUCAAGCAAGAAAAAAAGACACCGCAACACUAUGAAGAGGGAAGGAAAGGCUGCAAAAACGUUAGGUAUUAUUAUGGGAGUUUUCCUUAUCUUCUGGAUGCCUUUCUUCACUGUCAACAUUGUGGAUCCGUUCAUUGAAUACAGCACAGAAGUGGUCGUCUGGGACGUUUUUCUCUGGCUGGGAUAUAUCAACUCGUCUUUGAAUCCCUUCCUGUAUGGAUUUUUCAAUCGCUGCUUUCGUAGGGCAUUCCUCAUGUUUUUAGGCUGCAGAGUUUGCUUGCCUGGAAUAUCACCUGGGAUGGAGCUAUCACAUUCCAAGAAAGGGAUAAAUUAAUGAACAGGUUCAUCGGGAAAAGAAGAAACCUGUGCAUGUUUCCUGUAGUUAUAGAAACAUUGGGAAUCAGCUAGAGUUUUAAGGGAGAACAAGAAUUUAAUUGGUUAAAAAUAAAACUGCAGUGCCAGACUUUUGCUAAUGACUGGGCCAAAUUUGUCCAUGUUAUUUAGAAUUAGUGCUACAUUAAUUACAACACAAAUAAGGACAUUAUGACAACAACCUUGCCAUCAAACAUGGUAACUUAAAGCACCCCUAUGUCGUUGAGGUGUUUCCUGUAAUAUUUAGCCUGAAAUUAAACAAUAGCUUUGCUAAAGGCAUGUAUUUGCAAAUAAUUUGUCUUUGGAUGUCUCUCUAUUUUUCUCUAGACAUAGAGGUAUAUUUGUCCAUUGUAAGUGAUGUGUUAGUGAAUAUUAUACUGCUCCAUAUUUAGAAAACAAAACCAAAUGUAUUUAUUAAACUGGUUUAAUUUAAAAGAAAACAAAGUUGAAUUUAUUACAAGUAUUAUUUCAAGUGUCCUUGAAUUAAAUACUAUUUGGGAACGAAAAGCAGAACUUUGAAAACUCGUAUUUCUUAGUAUAUAUGUAGUAUUAGAUGCAAGACCGUGAGCUAAAUCUUGGGAAAAGGUUGUUAUUAAAAGCUGCUGUGGAAAAGCUUUCAAAUGUUGUUUACAAUGUACUUUUUUGUAUGAAUCAAUUUAUGAUUUUCUGUAAUCUGAGCUGUGAGGUGUGUAUUUUUGAAAACAUGUAUUUAUAAAAUUGUUGAUUAUCUUCUUUUUUAAACUUACCUCAAAACAGGUCUUGGUGUAUCUGUAUUUUAUUAAAAUAAAUUCAACCUUG